CAAGAAACCCAGGAUGAAAUCUCGCGAGAAGAUAACCAGGAAGUCGAAGCGGUUUGGUAACAUGUGAGGAGGAAAUACAUAGAAUGCCCUUUAGUGCACCGCGUCCAUGGCGGGACGAUUGAAGAAACAGUUAAAAGAGGCCGUGAAGGUCAUCAGCUCAGGUAGCCUCCUGUUCGCAUCCUACCUCACCGUGGUUGGAGAUGAGCGUUUCUAUGCCAACCAGCUGAUGCCGCUGCUGCAGAGGUUCGUGGGAGCGGAGACGGCGCAUGUGUUGGCGGUGAAGAUGAUUGGCAUGGGUGUGGUUCCCCUGAACCGCUACCAGGACCCUGCAUCGUUGGAAACGAACGUCCUUGGAUUAAAGUUCAAAAACCCUAUUGGCAUCGCAGCCGGCUUCGACAAGCACGGGGAGGCUGUAGACGGUCUGUAUAAACUGGGGUUUGGCUUCGUCGAGGUGGGGACAAUCACACCCAAGCCUCAAGAGGGGAACCCCAAACCACGGGUGUUUCGACUCCCUGCAGAUCAUGCAGUCAUCAACAGAUAUGGAUUCAACAGCAGUGGUUUGGCAGACGUACAGAUGAGACUAAAAUCCAGGGAAGAGAAACAGCAAGAUCAAAGUAAAGGUGGCCUUCCCCUGGGCAUCAACCUGGGGAAGAACAAGCUGUCCCGGGACGCGGGGGCAGAUUAUUUGGAGGGGGUGAAAGCGCUGGGCCCGCUGGCCGACUACCUGGUGGUCAACGUCAGCAGCCCUAAUACGCCGGGUCUCCGUGACCUGCAGGGGAAGGCAGAGCUCCGAAGCCUCUUGCACACGGUUUUGAAGGAGCGUGACGCUCUACAGGAAGAACGCAAACCUCCGGUCCUGGUGAAGAUCGCCCCCGACCUCACUGCCCAGGACAAACAGGACAUCGCCGACGUUGUCACUGAGCUGGGAGUCGAUGGUUUGAUGGUGUCCAACACCACCGUGUCCAGACCCGAGACACUGAAGGACCCACACAAGUCUGAGGUCGGCGGCCUGAGCGGCGAACCCCUCAAAGACCUGUCCACGAGGAUGGUCAGAGAGAUGUACAGCCUCACCAAAGGUAAAGUACCAAUUGUUGGAAUCGGAGGUGUGGCCAGUGGUCAGGAUGCGAUGGAUAAGAUCCGAGCUGGUGCGUCAUUGGUUCAGCUCUACACGGCUUUGACCUAUCAGGGUCCACCGGUGGUGACCAAGAUAAAGCGAGAGCUGGAACAACUUCUAAAAGAUCAAGGGUUCAGCAGCGUAUCCGAGGCGGUCGGAGCAGAUCACAGGGCAGCAGAUGGGUCGACGCAUAAGCGGAGCUCGCCGUAAGAGGCCGGGGGGGCGGUGUGUUUGUGAGGGGGGGGGGGGACGUUAACGCAGACUGUCGGGGGUUUUAGCAGCACCUGUAGCUGCCGCUUCCCCUCCAACACGACCGACGUCUUCCUCCCCAGCUGAGACUGAAUGUCAUCUGUGGCCUGAGAUUUCAAGGGUGCAGAAACUGUCCGUUGUUAACCACAUAGUUUUAGCAAAAUCUCAGCGUGAAAACAUAUUUAAGUGGAACCUACGAAGUGAUUACUGUUAAAUACUUUGAUGUUGCUUUAGCAGUAUUUAAAAGCUGAGGUCUUUAUUCUUUGUUACAGUGUAACAGCACGUUUUCAAGUUCCACAACUCACCUUUUUUUAGAAUAAAUAAAUAAAUAAAUAAAUAAAUAAAUCUGCGCAAACUCAAAUGUAUAUGGGUACAAAUCAUAGACUGUAUAAAUAAGGACAGUACAGUAAAGCCAAAGCAAGUAGAGCUCCCCCUGGUGGCUGGAGGCUGCAGUAAAGAUCAUAUAAGCUCCACCUCCUCCAUGUUAGCGGAUGGGACUUCGGCCAAAACACUUAAAUUAUUAUGUUUUUAAGGAUGUGUUCUGUCAUUUCAGGUAGUUAAUAUAACAUUAAUGCAUGUUCAGGUGGUAGUUUUUUGUGUGUGAGUUAUUCGAUGCUAUAGAAACCACCUGUUGCCAUGCCAACCACUCCAUAAAGCGACACCGUGAGUGUUGUAAAAAAAAAUGUUUUAAAAAAUAAGUUCAGUGUAUAAUCCAACAUUUCCUCAUAACUGGUGAAGGUAGAGCAAAGCGCAGUAUUAAUUAAACAAAUUAGUCCAGUGAGUCUGGAUCCAAAGUUGCAAGGUGGCAUCAGUUUGUGCGAUGGACAACGUGGAGACACGUUGUCCAUAUUUAUACAGUCUAUGGUGCAAAUCGGCUUAAUCGAACUGAAUGUUAAUUGGUCUGAGGCCGAGUUUAAGACGUCCUCCACAUCUACAACUCAAACGUCCGCUGGGUUUAUGAUAAGGUUUUUCAUUUUUGCACUGAUCUCUGAGACAAGGCCUGUGUGUGUGUGUGUGUGUGUGAGAGCACGUCUCAAAGUCACACACUUAAUUAAAGCUCCAGUGAGAAAAAAAAGAGCUGGCAACGAAACGGGCCGAGUUUCAAAGAGGAAACGUCCCGAUCCCUGACAACUGUGACUCACAGAAUAAAGCUUUGAUGCUCAUUCACUUCAGAGAAACGUCUUGAUUUGACUUUUAACUUCAAAAACUGGAAUUUGCCGCGAACCAAGAGCCCCAGAACUGGGCCGAUAAAUAUUGGGCUGGUGUGCUCCCACGUGUGUGGUUCAUUCACUUUUUUUAUUUGACUCUAUGGUUGCGUCUUACUAGGUUCAGUCUGAAGAUCCACCUCAAAAUACUCCUUAUACUCUUAUACUUAUACUCCUUAAUAAAACGGCAGUAGUUUGUUUUAAUCACAAUGAGGCCUUACAUGAAAAACAACAACUACAAACCUGAUUCUGUUUGUUUUUUUAAUUGAAAAGUGUCUGAGAAUAAAAUGAACCGAUGAUGAAGUGAA